GCAGAAUCACUUCUCAGGCUUUUAUUAAUAACUCUUCCAAAGAUAGUAGACUCUGAGUUUUUCGGCGAAGAUAGGACCGAUCCUUUGUGAUGCGUGCUGGCCAUUUCCUGCUUGUUUUGAGAUUGUAUAAAAUGUGACCACACGAAUCGCUGGCGCUCAGUUGUCCAUUCAGAUCGCCAAGAUGUCACUCUUACACGAAAAGCAAGUCCGAGUUCUAAAACUGUUCGAAAGGCUUAAUGUCGCAGCCACUGGUGAAAAUAUUCCGACUGACCAAAUUGAUGCACGUCUUGUUGGCAAAGUAGGACAGUUGGCCAGCAAUGCUUUCUUCUCAUGCUUCUUGCCUGAACAUUUGGAAGAAGCAAGAAGGCUUAUUGAAAUUUUCUACAGCGCUAAGGACUUUGAUGACUUUGUCCACUUGGCCGAACAAGCUCGUACCUUUGUGAAUUCCACACUGUUUGCAUACGCUGCUGAAGUAGCUAUCUUGCAUCGAGCUGAUAGCAGGGGUGUUAUUGUACCACCUAUCCAAGAAGUUUUCGCCGACAGGUUCGUCCCAGCUGAUACACUCCUCAGAGCAUUCUCUAUUGCUACAACCAAACCCGUUGGAGAUGAGAGUGAUGUCAUUGUUGAUGUCCAUGCAACCGGUAAUGUCUUGGACCCAGAGUACAAGCUUGCAUAUUACAGAGAAGAUGUUGGAGUCAAUGCUCACCACUGGCAUUGGCACGUUGUUUACCCAUCUGUCUACGAUGUCAAUUUCUUUGGAAAACCAAAAGACAGAAAGGGAGAGCUUUUCUACUACAUGCAUCAACAAAUGUGUGCCAGGUACGAUUGUGAACGUUUCUCCAACGGUUUGAACCGAAUGGUGCCCUUCCACAAUUUUGAAGAACCCCUUGAAGGUUAUGCUGCCCACCUUACUCACAUUGCCAGUGGACGUCACUAUGCCCCUCGUCCAAGUGGUUUGGCCAUGCAUGAUAUGAGAUUAGUAGACGUUCAAGAUAUGCAGAGAUGGACCGAACGUAUCUUGGAAGCCAUCCACCUCGGAAAGGUCACCGAUGCCGAAGGAAAUGACAUUGUUCUGGAUGAAGAAAAUGGCGCAGAUAUCAUCGGUUCUUUGAUCGAAUCCAGCUACGACUCCAAGAACAGACAGUUCUAUGGCAACUUGCACAACUGGGGACACGUUAUGAUGGCUUACAUCCAUGAUCCUGAUGGUCGAUUCAGGGAAACUCCAGGUGUCAUGAAUGACACUGCAACCAGCUUGAGAGAUCCUAUUUUCUACCGUUUCCAUAGAUUCAUUGAUAAUGUUUUCCAAGAGUACAAGAAGACUCUGCCAGUCUACGACAAAGAUAACCUGAACUUCCAAGGUGUCUCCGUCACUGGCAUCACUGUUAACGCUAAGAUCCAAAAUGUUAUCCAUACUUUCUUCAGAGAAGAUGAGUUGGAACUUUCUCACUGCUUCCAGUUUGGAACACCAGCUUCAGUCAGGGCAAGGUAUCAUCAUUUGGACCAUGAAUCUUUCUCCUAUAUUAUCUCAGCUGACAACGCCAGCGGUGCUGAAAAAUCCGCAACAGUGAGGAUUUUCCUUGCACCCAAAUACGAUGAACUUGGCAACAUCAUCCCUCUAGACGAGCAAAGGAGACUGUACAUCGAAAUGGAUAAAUUCCACACAGAAUUGAGACCAGGAAGGAACACAAUUGUAAGAAGCUCCACAGACUCCAGCGUAACCAUUUCAUCCACCUACACCUUCAAAGAGCUGUUGCACGGUGAAGAUCUGCAAGAUGACCGCACUGAGUUCUGCAGCUGCGGGUGGCCGCAACAUUUGUUGGUACCCAAGGGUAACGACAAGGGCAUGACCUUUGACCUUUUCGUGAUGAUUUCCGAUGGCGAAAAAGAUAAGGUUGCAGCAAGUAGCACUGCAAAACUGUGCAAUGAUGCUCUAAGCUAUUGUGGUGUUAUGGAUGAGAAAUAUCCAGACAAACGAGCCAUGGGAUAUCCAUUCGACAGAACCAUCACAGCCGAAUCACAUGCUGAAUUCUUGCAACCCAACAUGAAGGUCUCCAACAUCACUGUACGAUUCCAAGAUUAAACUCAAAGAACUGUCUUCUCCUGCCUGUAUUCGAAAAUGCUUUCUUUAAUUGAACUUGUUUAAUUCUGACCAUGUGAAAAAGAAAUUGUAAUUUAGUAAAUGUAAAUUAGUAUCAUUAAAAUAUUUAGAUCCAAAA